AUGCAGCAGCAGCAGCAGCAGCAGAUGCUCCCAGAACAGCAGGAGCAGCAGCACCCUGAGCAGCAGGAGCUAACGCAGCUGCGGAACCUCCCAGAGCAACCGCCGCUGCAGCAGCUGCAGCAGCAGCAGCAGCAGCAGCAGCAGCAGCAGCAGCAGCAGCCGUCCCAAGGCAUUCGUAUAGGCAGCGUUCUGCUGCUGCUGGCGAGGGAACGGCAAGCAGCAGUUUCGGUUCUCAGCGGGUGUCUGUACACCCCAGAGGGCCUCAUGGGGGGCUCGGAGCUGCUGCUGCAGCAGCUGCUGCAGCAGGCCCUAGCUCAGUUCCAGCAGCAGCAGCAGCAGCAGCAGCGGCGGCAGCAGCAGCAGACGCAGCGACCGCAGCAGCAGCAGCAGCCGCAGCAACAAGGUCUGACGACACAGCAGCAGCAGCAGCCGCAGCAACAAGGUCUGACGCCACAGCAGCCACAGCAGCAGCAGCAGCAGCAGCAGCAGCAGCAGCAGCCGUUUGCCUCGCUUGCUGCUGCAGCAAACGCGUCUCUGUGUCUGCAGCAAGCUGCUGCAGAGACACCCCAAGCUGCAGAUACACCCCACAGGGGGGCCCCCCAGGCCUCCCCUUUAAAGCUGGGGGGCCCCCCAAAAAGAGGGUACAGUGCAGCAGCAGCUCAGGGGGCCCCCCCCUCUAAAAAGCAGCAAGAGGGGCCCCCCUACCCCCUCAGCCAGGGGGCCCCCCCCUGGGGGCCCCCCACCCCUAGGGGGCCCCCAACCCAGGGGGCCCCCCUCUCUAGGGGGCCCCCAAGUCAGGGGCCCCCAACCCAGGGGCCCCCAACCCAGGGGCCCCCAAGUCAGGGGGCCCCCACCUCUAGGGGGCCCCCAACUCAGGGGGCCCCCCAUAAGGGGCCCCCCAUAAGGGGCCCCCAACUCAGGGGGCCCCCAAUCAGGGGGCCCCCCAUAAGGGGCCCCCAACUCAGGGGGCCCCCCGUUGUUUCUGCUGCUGCUCGUUUUGCUGCGCUGCUGGAGGAGCUGGAGUUGGCUUCGCAGCCAGUGGCCAGCAGCUGUGGAAGCAGCCAGCUUCCUGCUGCUGCUGCUGCUGCUGCUGCUGCUGCUGCGUCGGAGGCUGCUGCUGGUAAAAUACAGCAGCAGCAGCAGCAGCAACAGCAGCAGAAACAACAGCAGCAGCGGCAGGAGAUAUGCUGGGGGAAUGCUUCAGAGGAAGAAAGUCUGUUACUACAGCAGCAGCAGCAGCAGCAACGUCUGCAGCAGCAGCAGGAGCAGCAACAGCAGCAGGAAAAGGAGCAGCAGCAGAACUCCUGCGCUGCAGACCCUCCCUCAGCUUGCUCAGCAGCAGCAGCAACAGCAAGAGAGGGCUGGCGGUCUAAGCAGCAGCAGCAGCAGCAGCAGCAGCAGUCGUGGCUGCAGCAGGAAGGACUCGCGAGUUUGGGCGCAGCAGCAGCAGCAGCAGCAGCAGCAGCAGCAGCAGCAGCAGCAGCAGCAGCAGGACCAGCAAAGAUUGAGAAGUGCCUCCGACCCCUUUGGAGUUCUGAGCAGCAGCAAAAGGGAAACAGAAAAGUAUUCAAAAAAGACCAAAGCCAGCUGCUCAGACGGGGGCCCCCUAUGGGGGCCCCCCCGGGGGCCCCCCCGGGGGCCCCUCAGGGGGCCCCCCUGGGGGCCCCUCAGGGGGCCCCCCUGGGGGCCCCCAGGGCUUCACUAGGGUACGCGGAAGCAGCUGGGAGGGAGGCCCCCUAUGGGGCCCCCCCAGGGGCCCCUGGGGCCCCCCGGGGGGCCCCCUAUGGGGGCCCCCGGGGGGCCCCCGUUUGUGCAUUUGACUCUGCAGCAGCAGCAGCUAAUGGGGGCCCCCCUGGGGGCCCCCCAGAGCAUCCUGAGGGGCCCCCAGAGACAACAUUUGAGCAGCAGCGCUUUGAGGGGCCCCCAGGGAAAAGGGAGGGGGGCCCCCCACAGCAGCAAACGGGGGGCCCCCUUAGGGGCCCCCUUGGGGGCCCCCUUGGGGGCCCCCCUGGGGGGCCCCUAGGGGGGCCCCCUUGGGGGCCCCUUGGGGGGCCCCUGGGGGGGCCCUGGGGGGACCCUGUAGAGAAGCCCCUAUCAUUUGGUGAGCUUGUGAGGCUUCCUCAGCAAUCUGCUGCUGCUGCAGUGGCAGAGGUGCAGCAGCAGCAACUGCAGCAGCAGCAGGAGCUACAAAUGCAGCAGCAACAUGUGCAGCAGCAGCAGCAGCAGCAGCAGCAGCAGCUAGACAAUGACCUGCUAUUCGACACUGACGACGAAAAUACAGACAGCUGCCAGCAAGCCUCUCCAAAAGCAGCAGCAGCUGCAGCAGGAGCUGCUGCUGCUGCUGCUGCUGCUGCUGCUGGUCUGUGUGCACCUGCUGCGGAAUUGCCGCAGCAGCAGCAGCAGCAAAAGCUGACAGAAAUAAACCCCACUUGGGGAGGAGCUCUUUCGGCAGCCACGAGAAGCAGAAUACAAAGAUGGGCCAAAAAGGCUGCCUGA